AUGAUGACCACAGACUCCCAGGACUACAUCCCCAGGAACCUCAUGGACCACAUGAACCCCUACUUUGCCAAACAUACCCAUCACCACCACCACGCCCACUCACACGGCCACCACAGCCACCUCACCCCUGGACCUGUCGUAUCAACUUCAGCAGCUACACAACCCCAGGCAGCUGCAGGAGCAAGGAAGGAACCAGUGGCAUGGUGCACUGCUAGGGCCAGAAUCCCCACCCCAGACGGAUCAGAGUACUUUCUGCACAUCUACGAGAACUCGCAGGACAAGAAGGAGCACCUGGCCUUUGUUUUUGGCGAUGCGAUCCGCAGCUGUAGUCUGGAUAAAGUCCAGCCGAACGAGACCGAGAUGGAUCGGGUCAAGCGCGGCGCUUACACGGGCCGAUUGCAACCCAUUGCCGCCGCCGCCGAUCACUCUUUAACCUCCCUACCCGUUUUUCAGGAACAAGAACAGACAUCAACAGCAACGACAACCACAACGGUCCUCGCGGCAGCAGAGACCGUUACUGCUACUGCUACGACUGUGCUAACAGCCAAUAUCACCACUACCUCUACAACGACGUCAAUUAUCCAACAGGGCCAAAAGGAGGACACUGUGAUGACUACGGCAGCUCCGAGUACCCCACUUGUCCGUAUCCACUCCGAGUGUUUCACCGGUGAGAUCGGACAUUCAGCUCGCUGCGACUGUGGAGAGCAAUUGGACGAGGCUAUCAGACGCAUGAAGGAAGAGGGCGCCGGUGUUGUCGUCUAUCUCCGUCAGGAAGGCCGCGGCAUUGGCUUGGGCGAGAAGAUCAAGGCGUACAAUCUUCAGGAUCUUGGAUACGACACUGUUAUGGCGAACCUCCUUUUGAACCAUGGUGCGGACGAAAGAACCUACGAAGUUGCUCAGGGGAUCCUCGAGGAUUUGGGUCUGGAUCAGAUUCGGCUCCUGACCAACAAUCCCGACAAGAUUGAGCAGGUCGAACGAGACAGUCAAAUCCGCGUUGUCGAACGUGUGCCCAUGAUGCCUAAAUCCUGGGAAGCAAUCGAACAGGGUAUUGAGGCGACCGAGUUUGAGGUUAAAGAAGGUGCGGUUGAGAACAAGAUCGUCAAAGGUAAAGAACUGGAUCGGUACCUCAAAGUCAAGGUCGAGCGGAUGAGGCAUCUGAUCCCUAUCCCCGGCGCGCUAUAG